AACUCGGCGGCGUGUUUCCUCCUGUGAACUAUAUUUCCCAUCAUUCCACUGAACUGGGCUGUCGUUGCUGGAUGCGGGCGACCGAGGCCCAGAGCACAACAGAUAUUUGUUCUUGCAACGAGUUGCAUCAGUGAUUCUCCCGAUGCAAUAAACUCUGACGUCACAGCAGGAGAGCUGCACGUUUCACCCCAGGAGGGCUGCACGUACUGUAUCUCUCACCCCAGGAGGGGUGCACAAACUGUCUCUCUCUCACUCCGGGAGGGCUGCACUACGGUCUCUCUCACCUCAGGAGGGCUGCACUACUGGUCAAAAUGUCAGAAACCUCGAGUGAUACAGAAUCCUCCUGUGGAUGGACUCUGAUCAGCAAUGAGGGUUCAGACAUAGAGAGCCUGGGCCUUGAUCAGGCACUGGAAUUCGGGAAUGGUCCGGCCAGCUUUCCUCCCGUUCGGGAGCCAGACUUGCUGGUUCCUACCGCUGGUUGCUUUGAAGGGAAAAGCGAUCCACUAGAUGAAACUGUGCUGGAAGAAACCUUUGAGGAAACAAUGUCAGCAUCUGAGGCCCUAGGGGGCGCCGCAUCCCAGGAGCACGUGGCGCUGUGCUCCUCCAGCGACCUCUCCUCCUCCGACAUCAUGACCUUAGGAGACAUGAAGGAGCUGGAGGACGAGGAGGACGAGGAGCGGGGUGAACCAGCAGCCAACGAGGAGUCCUACAUGGGAACCUCGUCCAGCAGUCAGUACACCUUCACGGCCGUAGAGACCGUGCUGCCGGCCCAGCCGCCCCCGCCGCCCCCGUCCAGCAGCAGCAGUGAGGACGAGUCCGUGGGCGGAGCAGCCACCGCCCUGCGGAGGAGGCGCCCCCGGAGGAACACCGGCCCCCUGCUGGCAGACCCCCCGGAGGUAGGGGCGCCGGGGUCUGGCCAGAGUGAGGAGGAGCAGGAGCAGGAGCAGGCGGAGGAGCGGGAGGAGGAGGGGGAGGAGGUUCCCAAGGCCCAUGAGGCUCGCGGGGCCCGGGUCCCAGGGCCGGGGGAGGCCGGCUGCAGCCUCAACACGUGUGUCCUGCUGGUGCUGCUGGUCGCCGUCAGCAUUAGCGUGGGCCACUCCUACGGCCAACCUCAGCAGGGAUUCCCUACACACGCAGUGUGUAGGGAUCCUGACGCAGUGCUUGAAGAGUGUUUGAGAACCUUUUUUAAAGACGAGGACCUGGCUUGGUUUCCCAAAGAAGAGCUCAAUCACAGAAGCUUCGUGGAGAUGAUAAUAAAUAUAUCGAAAGAGAAUGAGGAGCUCAAUAUACGACAGACCCUGCUACAGGCCCAGGGCUAUGAGCUGGAGGUGCGGCUGCAGCAGGGGGUGGAGGAGAGGGCCCUGAUGGAGGCCCAGGGGCAGCGGCUGGCCUCGGAGAAGCAGCAGCUGCAGAGCUCCCUGGAGCAGGAGCAACGCUCUCUGUGGGGCCUGCAGGAGGAGCUGCGGGCCCUGCGCUCCGAGGUGGCCCGGCUCGGGGCCCGCGGCGCGGACCCCCUGGUGUCGGAGAACCAGAGGCUGACGGAGCAGCUGGAGGCGAGGCGGGUGCUGGGGCGCGGCGUGCUCAGCCAGAGGGACGCAGCCAUGGCGGAGACGCGCUCGCUGAGGAAGGAGCUGGACCGGGAGAGGAGGUUCACGGAGGGCCAGGAGGAGCUGGAGCAGCUGGCCGGCAGCAGCGCCGGGGCGGAGCAGAGCCAGGCGGAGACCCAGACGCGGCUGACGGAGCUGGAGAAGAGGCUGGGCUUUGAGCAGCAGCGCUCAGACCUGUGGGAGCGGCUGUACGUGGAGAGCAAGGAGGAGAAGGCCAAAGGAGACACUCCGCCCAGAGCCCAGAAGUCCAAAGAGGGCAUGGCCGGGAAGUUGAAGAAGACCUUCGAGGCAGUGAAGAACUCCUCCAAGGAGUUUGUCCAUCACCACAAGGAGCAGCUCAAGAAGGCCAAGGAGGCAGUGAAGGAGAACCUGAGGAAGUUCUCUGAUUCCGUCAAAUCAACCUUCCGCCAUUUUAAGGAUUCCGCGUCAACGUUAAUCAACAAGGCCACCGCCGAGUCCAAAAGAUUCAACAACGCUAAGGGCCCCUGGGACUUUAAGGGGCCCUGGGACACUAAGGGGCCGUGGCAGCAGGGGCCCCACAGGCCUCAGCACAGCCACUCCUCUGAGUCCACCGAGGGCCACAAGCGCAGCCAGAACACCCGUAAGUCAGGAGACAAAGUCCAUGAGGACGGAGACACGCAGAGCCAGCGAGAGGCCCCCAGGCGGGGCGCCCGCGUCUUCAACCGUGGCUUCAAGGGCUCCCCGAGUCUCUUCGGAGAAGGAACGGAGCCCGUGAGAGCGGACGAGUUCCACCAGCUCCUCCAGAGCUACCUCCAUCAGGAGGUGGAGGACUUCCACCACUGGAGGGAGUUGGACAGGUUCAUCAACAAGUUCUUCCUCAACGGCGUGUUCAUCCACGACCAGAUGCAGUUCAAAGACUUUGUCGGCCGCGUGGAGGAUUACCUGGAGAACAUGCACGAGUACUACGGCCUUGAUGACGGGGUGUUUGCAGACCUCGAUGAGUACGUCGACAGGCACUUCUAUGGAGAGUCAAACACUAAGAGCUAUGGACCAAGACCUACGGAGGGUCCCAGUAAGCAGACCAAAGAAAGCCUGCAGGUCAAGCAGCAGCAGCAGCAGCAGCAGAGAGCGAGGUCGCGGCCCCAGAGAGAGAGGAGAUCUAGCCGAUCAGGAGGGAACUCAGACACACACAUGGCUGACGUCAAAAUUGAAUUGGGCCCAUUGCCGUUUGAUCCAAAAUAUUAACAUAUGCAAAUAGUGUCUUUCCACUUACUUUAUAAUUAUUUCCUGAUUUGCUUUGGACUAAGAGUCUUACAUGUUUUGCACAAUGUUUCCUGUAUAAUGCUACUGAAUUUAAGCUUUUUGUGUUUAGUUUUCAAAUAGUUGGGAAUGUACUUAAAAGCCAUUCCGACAGGCAGAGUGUUCCCCAAGUGAUCUGGUUCCUUUGAUCUACUUUAUAAAUUAGAACUUCAAACCACAACAGAUUAGUUAUUGUAAAUUGAUCAACUUUCAAGAAGCUGUUGAGCAGCAAGGUUUGGGUUCUCAUUAGACGUGAUGUUUUAUUGUUCAAGUUGAAUUGGACUUGUUGCUGUACUUCACGUUGUUGUGAAGUUCUUUGCCAUGGUUAGAUCGCUUUUAAAUGUUCCAACUCUACAUUCCACUUCUCAUCUUGUUCUGGAUGUUUUAUUUGACCUUCAAGUUUGGCGUGUUGGAUGAUAAACAAAAACAAUAAAGAAAAACUAAACUCA